CAGUUCACAGUUGCUGUAGUACUCAGUGUGUCCCAGUGAACUGUCAACACGGACCCGCACACACCGAACGCGCUCUGCUGCGACAACAUUUCCCCCUUCAACUUAGUCCUCCUUCUUCUUCAACGACGUCCUCCUUCAGAUAACAGCUGCUUCAGCGGUGCUAUGGCUCGAAGGUGAUCUUCAAAGUGUCCAGGUGGUUCUGGGGUUCCAGGUUGGUGUGGUGAGAGAGCAAGCUAACUGCAGGGAGGAAGACCGCCUGGGCCAUUGUGUACCUGGCUUUCAAGUGACUCAGGAGGGGGCUUGGCAAACUGUUCUGCAGCAUGGAGAAGGAAGAUGUAAAAAUCCUCAACAAAGGGGAAGAAGAAGAGCUGGAGCUCCAAGGGUACCGUUUGUGCCGUUGGCGGCUGGCCCUUGUGGGCCUCGGGGUGCUGUUCACAGGGGGCUUCCUCCUCCUGCUGCUCUACUGGAUGCCACAGUGGUGCGUCAGAUCCACCUGCACCCGGACCACUGCUCGUGAUGCUGAAGUGGUGUUGCUGCGAUCCACGGAUGAGUUCCGGCGCUGGUUCCUGGCCAAGGUACGAUUGAUGCUGGCCCCAGGGAGCAACCCCUUCCACAGCCUGGAGACCCAGACCACCUCCCCUUCCUCUCCCUCAUGUCCCUUCUCAUCCCCGGUCCCUCCCCCUUUGGCCAACGGACACACCUCCCAUCCCUCCGAUGGCAGCCCCGCUCAGGAGCUCAUUAGAAGAUUUGCUGACUACCAACCCACGCAGAUUCGCUAUUUUACCUUCCAUAGCACAAAGUAUUACUGGAACGAUGAACUGCAGAACUUUGAAGUUUUGACUGGUCUGGAGGAUCUGCAGGUCAGCUGCUCCACCCUCCACUUGGAACACAGCGCAGGCCUGACCAGGAACCAGCAGGAGUACAGGAAACUGUUCUUCGGAGUGAAUGAAAUUGCAGUGAAAGUGCCUUCUCUUUUCAAGCUGCUUAUCAAAGAGGUCCUCAACCCCUUCUACAUCUUUCAGCUGUUCAGUGUGAUCCUGUGGAGUGCCGAUGAGUAUUACUACUAUGCUUUGGCCAUUGUUAUAAUGUCGGUCAUAUCCAUAGCUACCUCUCUGUACACCAUUAAAAAGCAAUACGUCAUGCUUCAUGAUAUGGUGGCAGCUCACAGUAUUGUCCGCGUGUCUGUAUGCCGAGCCGACAAUGAUAUUGAGGAGAUUUUGUCGACUGACCUGGUGCCUGGUGAUGUGGUGGUCAUCCCCAGUAAUGGGACCAUCAUGCCGUGCGAUGCCGUGCUGGUCAGCGGCACCUGCAUUGUCAAUGAAAGCAUGCUCACAGGUGAAAGUGUUCCAGUGACAAAGACCAACCUUCCAAACCCGAUUCCAGGGGACAGAGGGGAGUCUGACAGUGCCUACAACACAGAAGAGCACAAGAGACACACACUCUUCUGUGGCACCAACGUCAUCCAGACCCGCUUCUACACAGGAGAACUGGUCAAGGCAGUGGUGGUCCGGACAGGUUUCAGCACAGCCAAAGGCCAACUCGUGCGCUCCAUCCUUUAUCCAAAGCCGACCGACUUCAAGCUGUAUCGUGAUGCCUACCUCUUCCUGUUGUGUCUGGUUGGUGUGGCGGGAAUCGGCUUCAUCUACUCAAUCGUGCUCAGCAUCAUGAAUGAGGUUCCAGCUAAGACUAUAAUCAUAGAGUCCCUGGACAUCAUCACCAUCACUGUGCCACCAGCACUACCAGCUGCCAUGACAGCCGGCAUUGUAUAUGCUCAGCGCCGCCUCAAACACAUCGGAAUAUUUUGCAUCAGCCCACAGAGGAUUAAUAUUUGUGGGCAGAUCAAUCUGGUCUGCUUUGACAAGACUGGAACUCUCACAGAAGAUGGAUUAGACCUUUGGGGAGUCCAGAGGGUUGAGAAUGGAAGUUUCCACCUAUCGGAGGAAAAUGCCUACAAGGAGAAUCUUGUCAAGUCCCAGUUUGUGGCGUGCAUGGCCACCUGCCACUCGCUCACUAAAAUAGAAGGCCAGCUGUCUGGAGACCCACUAGACCUCAAAAUGUUUGAGGCUACAGGCUGGAUUCUUGAGGAGGCCACUGAGGAGGAAACCUCUCUCCAUAACCGUAUCAUGCCCACUGUGGUCCGACCCCCAAAGCAGCUUUUGCCCCAAGAGCUGCCCAUAUCAACUGAGCAGGACAUGGAACUCUAUGAGCUCUCAUCGGCAUAUGAGAUUGGAAUCGUGCGUCAGUUUCCUUUUUCGUCAGCACUGCAGAGGAUGAGUGUGGUUGCUCGUCUGCUGGGAGAGAAGCGUAUGGACGCUUAUAUGAAGGGGGCACCAGAGGUGGUGGCCAGUCUGUGCAAGAAAGACACAGUGCCGGAAAACUUUGCAGAGGUUUUAGAAGGCUACACCAAGCAGGGUUUCAGGGUCAUAGCUUUAGCUCAUCGUCGUCUUGAAUCCAAACUCACCUGGCAUAAAGUCCAGAACAUCAACAGAGAUCACAUAGAAUCAAACAUGGAGUUCCUGGGGUUAAUCAUCAUGCAGAACAAGCUAAAGGCAGAAACACCCGGGGUUCUGCAAGACCUCCACCAAGCCCACAUUCGAACUGUCAUGGUCACUGGUGACAACAUGCUGACAGCCAUCUCAGUGGCCCGGGACUGUGGAAUGAUACCCCCCCAGGACACAGUCAUCAUUGCAGAUGCCCUACCCCCCCAUGGCGGACAAGCUGCCAAGAUCACUUGGAGAUACGCUGACAAGCCGAGCAAGACAACGCGUUGUCUGGAGGAGGUGAAUAUCAGCUUGGAGGAUGUGUGCCACAGAGAUGAACCCAAACCACAGGAGUUCUACCACUUCGCUAUGAAUGGAAAGUCUUUUUCUGUCAUCGCUGAGCAUUUCCCUGACAUGCUUCAAAAGCUGGUCUUACAUGGGACAGUGUUUGCCCGAAUGGCUCCAGACCAGAAAACCCAGCUGAUUGAGGCGCUACAAGGUGUAGACUACUUUGUUGGAAUGUGUGGAGAUGGAGCCAAUGACUGUGGGGCUCUGAAAAGAGCUCACAGUGGCAUUUCUCUGUCAGAGCUGGAGGCUUCGGUGGCGUCUCCCUUCACCUCCAGAACCCCCAACAUCUCCUGCGUACCCAACCUCAUCAGGGAAGGCCGUGCUGCUCUCAUCACCUCCUUCUGUGUGUUCAAGUUCAUGGCCCUCUACAGUAUCAUCCAGUACAUCAGUGUCACUCUUCUCUAUUCUAUCCUUAGUAACCUUGGAGACUUCCAGUUCCUCUUCAUUGACAUCGCCAUCAUCCUGCUCAUUGUCUUCACAAUGAGUUUAAACCCAGCGUGGAAAGAGCUGGUGUCACGUCGACCCCCGUCAGGUCUGAUCUCAUGGCCUCUGCUGUUCUCUGUGCUGACCCAGAUCCUCAUCUGCUUAGGCUUCCAGAUCCUUACAUUCCUUUGGGUCCAACAGCAGCCCUGGUAUACGGUCUGGAGUCCACUGUCCGAUGCCUGUAACCAGUCCACUCAUCUGAACUUAUCUGACGUAAACGACACAGAAGUAGACGAUCACAACAUCCAGAAUUAUGAGAACACCAGCCUCUUCUAUGUCUCCUCCUUCCAGUAUCUCACAGUCGCGAUCGUCUUCUCAAAGGGCAAACCUUUCAGACAGCCAAGCUACAAGAACUGGCCUUUUGUGAUGUCUACACUGAGUUUGUAUUUUUUCCUGCUGUUCAUCAUGUUCCACCCUGUCGAAAGCAUUGACGAGUUUCUAGAGAUUGUGUGUGUUCCAGUUGAAUGGAGGCUCAAACUCCUGCUCAUCAUUGUAGUCAAUACCACCGUGUCUGUUGUGGUGGAGACCUUCGUCCUUGACAUCGUCUUAUGGAAGCUUGUGUUCAGCCGAGACAAACAGGGCAGCUUUGGCAUCACUCCCGCCGCCCCGCUACCACAGGGGGGAUUUGACCUGGGGGCGUACAAGUGUUUGGCCCGGCUAUGCUGCCCUCACAGGAUGACACCCAAGGCCCGUUACAUGCACCUAGCCCAGGAGCUCAGUGUGGACCCCGACUGGCCCCCCAAGCCCACCACCACCACUGAAGCCAAGUCCUACCCAGAAAACGGCUCCAACUAUCAGAUCCGGAUCAGCUCCUAGCAGUCUUACUCAUCUACGUGUCUAGGACCUCUUCCACACAGGUUCAUGGACAGAUUUUUGGCCACUUUCUGUACACUUGUUGCUAUGAUACUGUAUUUUCAGAGUACCACAAAAACCAUGGAACUAUUCAGUUGCAAUCCAUUCAUUCACUCAUUCAUUUGUUCCUUCAUUUUACCAAGUCCUUCAUCUUCUAGUGGGGGGCUGAGUCCACCCUGGACCUACAGGCCCCACAUCUACACACAAACAACCAUUCACUGUCACGCUGAGUCCGUUUACAUCCACACCAAUACUCCUGUCAGUAUCCGAGUUCUGCAGUUAUCAGAUUAUUAUUAAUCAUGUAAACAGGAUCGUCUGAUCGGCUUUAUCUGAUAACAGCAGCUAUCUGAUUAUGACAAAUCAGAUUAACACACCUAGAUUUGUCCCCAAUACUCCGAUGUCUUCAUGCAUGUAAACAGAUUAAUCUGAUUUAUUUAGUUUUUUUACAUCUAAGCAUGUAUAAAAAAAACUUUAUAUAAACUGAAGUUAUGCAGUGACACCGUGAGUCAAAGGAAAAAUGUAAACAAACAAUGAAAUGAAAUGAAGGAUAGCAGCAACAUGUGACCUAUCCUGUAGUCUUGUUAGCUCCUCCCACAUUAGGACAGCUAACGGUGACACCGUAGGCGUUGUCAUGGGCAACGAGACAAGACCAUAUGUUUUGAAAAUGAUGGGAAGUGGACGUCUGACGUCAUAACACAUACGUACUCCGAAAGUAAUCAAAUAAUGGACUGAAACAUGUAAACCAGGGUUUUUAAUUAUCACAUUUCUGAAGUGACUAUAAACGCGUCACAUCUGAUUACGGCAGUAAUCGGAUUAAUCCCAGUUGUGGGAUUUUUAUGGUCAUGUAAACGGGCUCAGUGACACCUCUGGGUGAUUUAGACUGACCAGUUAAUCUAUUAAGGGGCAUGUCUGUGGGUGGUGAAGUGGACCCACAUAGACACUCGGAGAAUAUGUCCGUUGUAUCCACAAAGGCAGGUGAAGGAGGAGCUCAUUACUGUGAUGAAACCACUGCACCACCAUGCUGCCCUGGCCAAACACAAGCACCAAGGAAACCCAGUUCAACUUAUGCCAGUAUUGUUGCUCACUUUAGGUGCAAUUCUAUCCAGCUGUUGGUUUUCACAUGUUAAAUCGGCACAUUAAACAUGCCAGUGGAAAUGGUUCAAAUUCUUUUUAUGCUUUGGAAGGGUGAACAGCUUGAUCUAGUGUGAAUAUGGAAACAGAUGUAGUGAGUAGUUGCAUGUUUAUACAUGUGUGGAGCAGGAAGGUGGUUAUAGCAUUCACUGAAUUCAUCCAGUU